AUGUCAUUCAUAAAAGACUCAGAACACCUGAGAAUACCCCUUCUAGAUAUAAAAGUAGGCACCAAAUUUUUCGAAAACAUCAUCGGACGAGGUGGAUAUGGCCCUGUCUAUAGAGGAGAAAUCUCACUUUCUGGUAAUAUGACCUCUGUCGCUGUAAAACGUCUACAAAAUAUUGAUCAGUCAGGUCAAGGGCUUAAAGAGUUCUUAACAGAGAUAAACUUGCUCUCUCGUUAUAAACAUCCAAACUUGGUAUCCCUUCUUGGUUACUGUGAGGAAGGCAAUGAAAAAAUCCUUAUUUAUGAGUAUGCAAAGCAUGGAAGCUUCGACAGGUACCUGAUUCCGAUGAAAACCAAAUGUCCAUUCACAUGGAAGCAACGUAUGAACAUAUGCGUCGAUGCAGCCCGCGGUUUGGAUUAUCUUCAUAACCACGUUGCAGAGAAUCAUAGAGUUAUCCACAGGGAUAUAAAGAGUGGAAACAUUCUUUUAGAUAACAACUGGAAAGCUAUGAUUGCAGAUCUUGGACUUUCCAAAAUAGGUCGUGCUAAUGAAAAUGAGACUUACCUCAUUACUAAUGCUGUUGGAACAUAUGGUUACUGCGAUCCGGCGUACAUUACUACGGGAAUAUUGACCAAAGAGUCAGACGUUUAUUCCUUUGGUGUCGUAUUACUCGAAGCAUUAUGUGGGAGGUUGUGUUUCAUGAAUGUAACAGGUAUGCAACGAAAUCUGGUCCCACUGGCUCGAGACUGCUACGAAAAAGGAAAAUUAAAUGAGAUCAUGGAUCUUGAUUUGAAGGGCGCAGAAUCCGUAAAAGAGUUUUCUAAGAUAGCAUAUGAGUGCGUGAAUGAAGAUCAGAAAGCACGACCCUCGAUGGAUGUGGUUUUAGAGAAACUUCAGAAAGCCUUGGAAUUGCUAGAAACUGAGGAAGCAUACGAACUGCAGAAGCAUGAAGAAGCAUUGCGAAUGAAAAAAUAUGAGGAAGCAUGUGAAUUGCAAAAAGUUGAAGAGGCAUUGGGAUUGCAAAAACUUGUGGAGGCGUUUCAAGCGCAGGAAUUUGUCGAAGCAUUGGUAUUGCAAGAACUUGAUGAGGCCUUCGAAUCUCAAGAGCUUGUAGAAACGCUGGAAUUGCAUAAACUUGGGGAGAUAUUGGAAUUGCAGAGGGACUAUGCUGUCGUAAAAGCCUUACAAAUGAUGAUAAAUACCCCCCAAGAAUAUGUUACAAAAGAGGAAUUACACGCGCAUCUCUCUUCUGGAUUCCUUACAGACGAAUCAAAAGUGUGGUUUUCAGUCGAUGAGAACGGAAAGAAUCAAGAGAUGAUAUCUGCAAUGAAAUUCAUGCAUACAGACCCAAACAAAUUCGAAGCGAUCUCUUUACCUGGAUCUCGAUUCCCAAUGGUAGCAAAGGUUUUGAAUGCAUCAAAGGUUAAUAUGCAAGUGACGAUAAGAACACAAUUUCUAUCAUCUGAUGUCACAUAUGCAGCUUACCUCAUAUGCAAACACAAAUAUUCUACUCAAAAUCCGGUUAUCAAAAGUCUAAAGUACAAACUAAACAACCAAACUCAGUCGUAUAUUUCAUAUCAAGGAGAUUAUAAAAACAGAUGGGUGAUGAUGGAACUAUUUCAAGCCAAAGUUCUUUCUAGAAAUUUUGAAUUCAAACUUUUGCUAGAAGAAUUUGCUUCUGAUAGCUUCCAUGAUGAAGUUAUUGUCGAAGGGGUCGUGUUUUCGCCGGUACAAAAGUUUGAUGAUGAAAAUAUCGAAACACAAGAGAUGGAGAAUCCCACAGCGACUGAGAUAGAAUGGGAGAAUAAAUUGCCGAGCGACUAUGAACAAUUCAUACAUUGUUCUGGAAAACGUUUAGUGAAAAGGCCCUGGAAUAGUUUCAUCACUGAAACCAAAGAGGAGGCGUACUCCAUUCUUUCCAAGGGUAUUUAUAUCAAGGUCAAAAAUGAUAAUGAUGUGUUCUUUUGGAUAACCAAAUCAAACGGGAAGAAAUGUUUCAUGCUUUCACCAAAGAUAAUACGACAUAAUCCUGAAGUUGACAAGUUGGUACCUAGGGAACAUCUAAACGAAUCAAGAUUCACAUAUAUAUUAGAGUUAUCAUCUUCUUCUAUGGUACGUAUGGAAUUCAAGAUCAUAGAUCCUCUUCUAUCAUCAAACACUACCUAUGCAUGUUACUUCAUUUACAAGAUAUCAGAACAUAUGGAGAAUCCGGUUGAAGUGAAGAUUAAACAGUUAAUGUUAAACUAUCCACCUGGGGUUAUGAAAGAUCUCCAAACACAAUGAACAAAAACAAAAUGGUAGAAUCUCCACGAAGGAGAAAAGAUGGUUGGUCCGAGGUUAGGUUGGGGGAAUUCGCUAAACACAAUAUCCAGGAUUCUCGACCAUGGAUAUGUAGGUGUAUACCCUGUUUACCAUAUACAAAUGACGCAUAUGAUGAGGAAGAUUAUUAUGACACAAAGAUUACAAGAAUAUGGCCUGAGUAUGACCCAAACAUCAAUAUAUACAUGAACUGGAAGAACACAUAUAAUUCGGUACAAUGGGCUAGGAUCCCAAACCUCAGCGUGCAAGGAAUUGAGUUCCGACCUCUAUAAAGUCCUUAAUUUGUGCCGGAAGAAAACUAGAUCCAUGCAUUGUAAUUUUUUAUUUUUAUUUUGGAUAUCAGCAUCUUGCUUCUUCAUUUCACAGCAAAUAAGGUGAAACAAUCAUUAAUUAUCAUGUACUAUGUAUUGAAAUAAUAUUAUCUAAGUAAAUAUCAUUCAAGAUCAAA